GGGUCUGCGCAUGCGCAAAAAACAGCUGUCAUCCGCGCACGGAAGAAGCCCCGAAAGCAAAGCAGGGAGCGAGUGAGGGGGAGUGGGGCCGCUCCCCCGACCCUGCCGUGCCGGUAGCUUCCCCGUCCAGCAGGGCUGAUAUUGAGCCACAAUGGCAGCUGUAGUCUCGGACAGUCCUCCAAACCCAAGCUGCAAAAUUAUGACCUUUAGGCCUUCAAUGGAUGAAUUCAGGGAGUUCAACAAAUACUUAGCGUACAUGGAAUCAAAAGGUGCUCAUCGUGCUGGACUUGCAAAGGUGAUCCCACCCAAGGAGUGGAAGCCAAGAAAACAUUAUGACGACAUUGAUGAUUUAGUGAUUCCAGCUCCAAUUCAGCAGAUGGUCACUGGUCAAUCAGGCCUUUUCACUCAGUACAACAUUCAGAAAAAGCCAAUGACUGUGAAAGAGUUCAGGCAACUGGCCAACAGUGACAAAUACUGCACUCCAAGAUAUAUAGAUUAUGAAGAUCUGGAGCGUAAAUACUGGAAGAAUUUAACCUUUGUGGCACCGAUCUAUGGAGCAGAUAUCAAUGGGAGCAUUUAUGAUGAAGAUAUUGACGAAUGGAAUAUUGCUCAUCUCAAUACAAUAUUGGAUGUCGUGGGUGAAGACUGUGGAAUUUCUAUUGAGGGUGUAAAUACCCCCUAUCUCUAUUUUGGCAUGUGGAAAACAACAUUUGCAUGGCAUACUGAAGAUAUGGAUCUCUACAGUAUUAAUUAUCUCCACUUUGGAGAACCCAAGUCAUGGUAUGCGAUCCCUCCAGAACACGGAAAACGGCUUGAAAGACUAGCUCAAGGAUUCUUCCCAAGCAGUUCUCAAGGGUGUGAUGCUUUUCUCCGCCAUAAGAUGACACUGAUUUCUCCCUCCAUAUUGAAAAAAUAUGGAAUUCCUUUUGACAAGAUCACACAGGAGGCAGGGGAAUUUAUGAUAACCUUCCCAUAUGGAUACCAUGCGGGAUUUAACCAUGGUUUCAACUGUGCAGAAUCAACUAACUUUGCCACAAUCAGAUGGAUUGAUUAUGGAAAAGUAGCUAAAUUGUGCACCUGCAGGAAAGACAUGGUAACAAUAUCAAUGGAUAUCUUUGUGAGGAAGUUUCAACCAGAUAGAUAUCAACUGUGGAAACAAGGAAAGGAUUUAUACACCAUUGAUCACACAAAACCCACGCCUGAAACAACACCUGAGGUAAAGGCCUGGUUGCAGAGAAGAAGAAAAACAAAGAAAUCUCCCAAAUGCUUCCAGCAUACCAGAUCUCGAUCUAAAAAGCUUAAAACUCCAGAGGAUGAGAGAGAAUCAGCUAUGAUCGCUGGUGCAGAAAUCAUAGCCACUGAAGCAGCUACAGAUGGCUUCAAGGUCAAUGAAAAGCCAGAAGAAAAAGGGAAGCUGGUAAAUUCAGAAGUGCCUUCUGGGGAAGAGAAAAACUUUAGCAGAACACAGCUGGAUCGGCAUUUAUUGGAUAAUAUUGAGGUCUCAGGGAACAUCUGUUCAAACUCAUUUUUCAGCCCUACUCCUGUAAUGCAGAAAAUAAAAACAGAAGAUGAGGACAAGGAAGAUUCCAGUAUUGCUUCCUUUACACCUAAGGAUUCUACACUCCCCAUACCUACAUCUAUUCAUUGUAUAAAUGAAGAAGACGACUCUUUAAAAUCUCAGAAUCAGUCUGUGCAGGUUGAAUCAUGCCAAAAGUCACCUGGAUGUGCUUCCUUUGAAUCAGAGAGCCUGGAAAAAGAAGAAACGAAUAGUGUGUCCACAGAGGAUGAUGUCAGCGACCUAGAAAGCAGUGAAAGUAGCGAAAGUGGCUUGGAACCUGGAGAAAUACCUGCUCUAGCAGAAAUUGAAAGAAAGAAAACAUGUAAGAGUUGGCGUCAUCCACUAAGUAAACCCCCGGCCAGAUCUCCUAUGACACUGGUUAAACAGCAGGCAGUAAGUGAUGAAGAACUGCUUGAGGCUCCCUUAAUCGAAGAGGAAGUGCAAGAAACAGAGUCAUGGGCCAAACCUCUUGUCCACCUUUGGCAGAAAAGAGCACACGAUUUCAUUGCUGAAAAAGAAUAUAAUGCAGCUGCGGCCAAAAUGGAACCCCAUUGUGCCAUUUGCACUCUCCUUAUGCCCUACUACAAGCCAGACAACCAUAAUGAAGAAAAUUAUACUUGCUGGGAAACAAAAUCAGAUGAAACAUUUACGGCUGGUGAAAAGACUAAACCACUUAUUCCAGAGAUGUGUUUUAUUUAUAGCGAAGAAAACACUGAAAACUAUCCGUCAAAUGCCUUUAUUGAAGAGGAUGGAACAAGUCUUCUAAUAUCCUGUGCAAAGUGUUGUGUACAGGUUCAUGCAAGUUGUUAUGGUGUUCCUUCUCAUGAAAUCCAUGAUGGAUGGCUGUGUUCUCGAUGCAGAAAAGGAGCCUGGACAGCUGAAUGCUGUCUCUGCAAUUUGAGAGGUGGUGCACUCAAGCAAACUACUGACAAGAAGUGGGCACAUGUGAUGUGCGCAAUCGCAAUUCCAGAAGUCAGAUUUGGUAAUGUCACAGAGAGGACGCCAGUAGACACUAGGAGAAUACCUCUGCAGAGAUUAAAAUUGGUAUACAGUGGAAGACAAUGUGUGGGUUCUCCACAGCUCCACCCUAAUUUAUUCACUUCCUACCUCGCCCUUCCAUGGAUUCUGAGUCUGCAGUUCACCCUCUGGGUGGAGGGGCACAGUGCUGCCACAGAAUUGACCAAAACUCCAUCUGCAGCGAAAUGUAUCUUCUGCAGACAGAGAAUGAAGAAAUUUUCUGGUGCCUGCAUACAGUGUUCUUAUGGGCGUUGUCCAGCUUCCUUCCAUGUUACCUGUGCCCAUGCUGCAGGGGUGCUGAUGGAGCCUGAUGAUUGGCCUUAUGUUGUCUACAUCACAUGUUUCAGACACAAGAUCAAUCAAAAUGUGAGAACCAAAGCAUGUGAGAAGGCCAUCACGGUGGGGCAGACUGUCAUCACAAAACACAGGAACACACGAUAUUAUAGUUGCAGUGUGAUAGGAGUGACAUCUCAAGUCUUCUAUGAAGUCAUGUUUGAUGAUGGCUCCUUCAGUCGGGACACUUUCCCUGAAGAUAUUGUAAGCAGAGACUGCCGGAAGCUGGGUCCACCUGCAGAGGGAGAGGUGGUCCAAGUGAAGUGGCCUGAUGGAAAACUGUACGGGGCAAAAUAUCUGGGAGCAAAUGUAGCUCACAUGUAUCAGGUUGAGUUUGAAGAUGGUUCUCAGAUAGCUAUGAAGAGGGAAGAGAUCUACACAUUAGAUGAAGAGCUGCCUAAACGAGUGAAAGCCCGUUUCUCGACAGCCUCCGACAUGAGAUUUGAAGACACAUUUUAUGGAGCAGAUAUUAUCCAGGGAGAAAAGAAGAGACAGAGAGUACUGAGUUCCCGGUUUAAGAAUGAAUACGUGGAUGACCCUGGGUACCGCACCUUUUUGAAAAGCUCGUUCCAGAAGAAAUGCCAGAAGGGACUAUAAAGGAAGCAACAAAGGAAUAAACCCACACACACUACAGGGAAGUAAACAGAUUAAAUUUUGGUGGAAAACAUACAGAAUACACCAGUGCUUGGUUUGAAGAUUGUAUCCCUUCAUUACAUUAAAUCACUUUUGGCU